AGCCUUGCGAAUCUGGUGCGUGUGAUGGGCAAUUGGAAGGUGGCGUCGGGCCGUUCCAAGAACUUCUUUCGAGUAGUGUGCGGCGGCUGCAGAUAUGAGACGACGACCGACGGCGCGGCGCAGCUCAUCGUGCAGAAGCACUUCCCGCAGAUGAUGCGGGAAAACUACACGGGCACCGCCCCGUUUGUGGCCGCACGCUUCUGCGAAACCGUCAAGAUCUUUGACAGAGCGCCCUCCUGGAAACAGGCGAGUGAAUGCCACAAAGUAAUUGAGCAAUGCGCCAGGAUGCCGUUGGUCUUUUCUUUCUGUUGUAUGGUUCAGCGAGUGGGUCAGCUCUAUGGCAUGAAGCCGCCUGCACUGGAUUUCGUUCGGAAGCUGAAUGGCGGCAAGAUCCCCUGCCCCAAGUGUGGCGCUGUGGGGCAGUGGAAGGGCAACGCCGAUACAGAGAUGAGGACAGACAUCCCAAGAUAGAUUGAUGAUAGCUGAACCGGUCGACGGUCGUGUCGUGCAAUCAAAUGAUCUGGACAAUGUGUAGUGUACAGAAUGCAUGAAGGGACACGCCCGCCCGUCUAUCAUCUGGCCACACAGGACUGAUAUGCAGCACGUUACGGGUCAUCAUCCACUCACU